AUGGCGGAGGUGCCAGCAGACGAGGUACCUCAGGCGGAGAAAGAAGAGCUCUUUUGCACUUAUGCUGCCAUGAUCCUGAAGGACAGUGAGCUGGACAUCUCCGAAGAUAACAUCAACACUCUCAUCAAGGCUGCCGGUGGCUCCACCAGCUCCUUCUUCCCUGCGCUUUUUGCGAAGCUUUGUGCGGGCAAAGAUUUGGAAAGCAUGCUGAAGAGCAAGGGCUUCCAGAUUGCCAAGGCGUACUCAGCCCUGCAGAGCUUGAAAAGGCGUUACUCGAUCUCCGAUGGAGAUGCAGAUGUGGUGACUGUGAAGGAGAUGUUGGCGGCUGCUUCCAGCCCAAACAGCCUCACGGUGCGGGCCCUGAGCUUGGGGAAGGUGUGUCGGGAGACCUUGCUCACGCACCAUUCGUCGAAACCUGCCGGUUUGGGUGCUGAAGUCUCCUCUGAUUUGAAGCUUUUUAGCAACAACAUGUUGUCGGGACCGGCCGGCUGGGAGCGUGAAGCCGAGUCCGUGGUUUGGAAUGUCGAGCACAUUGACCACUACGGAGCCGCCAGCGGACUGCUUCGAGGCAUCAUCGAAGUGGCCAUCGUUUAUCUGGUUUGUGGAGCCAUCUACAACUAUCAGAUGCAAGGUGCCAGAGGUAUCCACUUGAUUCCUCACGUGGGCUUUUGGAUGAACUAUCCUUCCCUGGUCAUGGACGGGGUGAAAUAUGCCACGCAGCCGGGCGCCAAGGCUAGUUCCAAACCAUAUCCACAAUCCUAUGCAUUGACUUUAGGCCAGAACUCUCCUCCAAGCCCAGUGCACGCAGAGCAGUUUGCGUAA